GAAGAUCAAACAUUUCCAUAUCCCCAAUCCCUGGAUAUUUAAAAGAUUUGUGCAUCAAACAUCAUGUAUGCAUGUAUCCAAAAAAACCCUUAAUUUCCACUCCUAAAAUACCAAAGAUUAUUUUGGUAUCUGUAAUACUGUGUUUUGUGGGAGUUUAAUUCCACAUUAAGAUACUAGCAGGUAGCAAUGGAUUCUGCGACAUCCGCGUCGAGGAAGAAGGACGUGAAAACCACAGUUUCCUUGUAUUCUGACUAUAUCUGGAACCGGGUGCGUAGCUUCUUUCCUGCUACGUCAUCCGGUUUCCACUCGAGCCUGCUCGCUGGUUUUUCGAAUUUAUACGGCGGAACCGCCGUUCACGUCAGCAAGUGCCGCCGCAGGAAGACAUGUCUCCCACUUCCUCUGCCUAAUUCUGCCACAAUACGCCUUUCCUCCACGGAUGCAUCUGAAUCGUCCAGAAUUAUUGUUGUUUUGGAGGAUAUUGUAGAACACAUUUUCUUAAAUUUGCACUACAUCCAGAAGAACCUAGAGUUUUGGCAAUCUAAAGCCGAGGAAUCAAAUGCUCGACAAGCAUACUUCAUGAUAUGUGAGAGAGGCCCGCGUGCAUUUUUUAAUGGAACAAUUCAACUGAUACGUGAUUGUGUUGGUGAUGGUUCUGGGAAACAGCACACAUAUAAUUUGGCAUCCUCUUAUAUAUCAGAGAGAUUAACCGUGUUGACCAGUUUAAGAUGCUUUUUGGCUACAUUUUUGGCUCAGAUAUACAUGGAGGUCGACAUAGCUGGACAUGAUUUAAUCAAUGACCCUGAGAAGUCGAUGUCAUCAUUAUUGGUAAAGAUCAAUGAUCUCUUUCUAGAGUUGGACACUUCUAUUGGCAGUUUUCAUGCAAAACAUCAGAAUGACUAUUCCUCAGAGGGAAGUUAUUCAUCGCCUUUAAUGUUUGAGAAACUUCCAGAAGUAAAUCAAGGUGGCUCUCGUUGGACAAGUUGUGAGAUUCAAGAUGCCAUCAACUUUAUUUACCAAAACUUGCAAAACUUGGAGUCGUACUUAUCAAGAAUAGUUAUGAAUCACAAGAGGCCAAGGAGAGCGACUCUUCAUUGGAUGCGCUAUACCUGUGGGAUAGUUGGCAUCUCAAUCUGUUCAAUAUGGCUUCUGCGGCAUAGCCAUUUGAUGGGGAGUUCUGACAUUGAUAAUUGGUUUUGUGAAGCAAAAGAGUCGACAAUUAGUUUUUGGAAUGGUCAUGUAGAGCAACCGAUUCUUUCUAUAAGAGAUGAACUUUUCCAAACGUUCAGGAAGAGGGAGAAAGGCGCAAUCGAACUUGAAGAAGUACAAAUAACUGCCAACUCUCUACACAGAAUGUUGCGAGCUUUCACUGAGCAGACAAAAGGUGACAAGCUUCCAGAGGAUGCCACAGACAAUGAAAUGCUAGAAGUCGUAAUGGAAAGAUAUGAAAAAGAACUUACACAUCCAAUCCAAAAUCUUCUCUCUGGGGAGCUUGCCCGUGCGCUACUUAUCCAGGUGCAAAAGCUAAAACUUGACAUUGAAGAGGCAAUGCUUGAGUUGGAUCAAAUUCUUAGAGCAAAUGAAAUCAACUUUGCUAUUCUAGCUGCAUUACCAGCCUUUUUCCUCUCUGUUCUUGUUAUGAUGUUGCUUAGAGCAUGGUUUAAACAGGAUACAAGAGCUGAAGGUAGGGGAAGAGUUGCUAGGAUCCAAAGAAGGCUUCUUGUUGUAGAAGUUGAGAGAAGAGUUAUGCAAUUAGAAAGUUGCAAUUAUAAAGGACGAGUAAGAACACUCCUCUCGAGCUUUACAUAUUUUUGGCUUUGAAUGGUUUUCU